CACAGGUCCGCGGAGACCCCUUAUUUCCAUUCGUUUGACUUUUGAUAACUUGUUCUUCGUUUUGCGCGUGAGCUGCGCGGCCAGCGUGUCACUAUGCACUUUUUAUCAGCACUCGUCGCAGUGCUGCCAUUGGCAUAUGCCCAAAGCUCCGGUCCUCCAGUCACGAAUAGCUCAGGCGGCGCCUUGCGAGACGCGCAGUCACCACCGAAGUAUCCUAGUCCAUGGGGAGAAGGACUGGGCGAGUGGGCCGAUGCAUAUGCCAAAGCCAAAGCCUUCGUUUCGCAGUUGACCCUGCUGGAGAAAGUCAACCUCACAACGGGCGUGGGUUGGGAAGGUGAAAAAUGCGUGGGCAAUCAAGGCUCAAUACCCCGUCUAGGCUUCCGAGCAUUGUGCUUGCAAGAUUCGCCUCUCGGCGUCAGAUUUGGGGACUUCGCCUCUGCAUUCCCAGCAGGCGUCACCAUCGCAGCAACAUGGGACCGAAAGCUUUUCUAUAAGCGUGGAUUUGACAUGGGCACAGAACACCGCCUUAAAGGCAUAGAUGUACAACUAGGACCCGCCAUCGGUCCUCUCGGUCGAACCCCAGAAGGUGGCAGAAAUUGGGAAGGAUUUUCACCCGACCCUAUAUUGACUGGCAUUGCUGUCUACGAGACCGUAAAGGGUAUACAAGAUGCCGGAGUGAUCGCCUGCACCAAGCAUUACAUUGCCAACGAGCAGGAACAUUUCAGGCAGGGCCCCCCGCCGGCAAACUUGACUGCUGCUCUCAGCUCCAAUAUCGACGAUGCCACUAUGCACGAACUUUAUCUUUGGCCGUUUGCAGAUGCUGUCAAGGCUGGGACUGGAUCGAUCAUGUGCGCUUACAAUCAGGUGAACAACAGCUAUGCUUGCCAGAACUCGUACCUGCUCAACUACCUGCUCAAGAAUGAACUUGGCUUCCAAGGCUUCGUUGUUAGCGAUUGGAGCGCGCAGCAUGCAGGCGUCAGUUCUGCGCUCGCCGGCCUCGACAUGACGAUGCCUGGAGACGUCUCAUUCAACAGCGGCACAUCCUUUUGGGGUACAAAUCUGACCAUUGCAGUGCUCAAUGGCACCGUUCCACAAUGGCGCUUGGAUGACAUGGCUGUCAGAAUCGUCGCUGCGUGGUAUUUUGUGGAUCGUGAAAAUAACGACGUCGAGAACGCACCGAACUUCUCAUCUUGGACGCAAGACACGUUCGGCUUUGAGCAUGCCUAUGCUCAGGAGGGCUACACGCAGGUCAAUUACCACGUCGACGUUCAAAAAGAACACUUUGCCGACAUCCGAGAAUCCGCUGCCAAGGGCACUGUUCUGCUCAAAAACGAAGGAGCGCUUCCACUCACCGGAAAGGAGAAGCUUACAGCCGUGUUUGGUUCUGACGCGGCUGAGAACCAAUACGGCCCGAACGGAUGCCCCGAUCGUGGCUGCGACAAUGGUACUCUAGCUAUGGGCUGGGGCUCAGGCACAGCCAAUUUCCCGUAUCUGAUCACGCCCCUUGAGGCUAUCAAAGCCGAAGUUCGAAGCCAUCGAGGCGCUAUUGAAUCAGUGAUCGAUGACUACGCAUAUUCACAGAUCGCGGCGCUAGCCCGAAGAGUUGGCGAUGUCGACGGCGUUUCGCUUGUCUUUGUGAACUCUGACGCUGGAGAAGGCUACAUUGUUGUCGAUGGCAACGAAGGUGACAGAAACAACUUGACGGUGUGGCACAGUGGUGACACACUCAUUCAGAAUGUCACGAGUCAAUGCAACAACACAAUCAUCGUCAUGCACACCGUCGGACCUGUACUGGUGCAGCCAUGGUACAACAACCCGAACGUCACAGCUAUCAUCUGGGCCGGCAUUCCAGGCCAAGAGAGCGGAAAUGCGAUUACAGACAUCCUCUAUGGCAAGGUCAAUCCAGGUGGUAAGACGCCGUUCACAUGGGGCAAGACCCGUGAAGAUUAUGGUACAGACGUUUUGUACGAACCCAACAACGGUCUGCUGGCUCCACAAGACGAUUUCAACGAAGGCAUCUUCAUCGACUACCGCCACUUUGACAAAUACAACAUCAAACCGAUCUACGAGUUCGGCUUUGGACUUUCGUACACUACGUUCUCGUUCUCAAACCUGAAGGUCGAGUCAUUGUCUGCAGCCCCAUACACACCAACUACAGGAAAGAGUCCUCCAGCACCGACAUACGGCUCGAUCAGCAACAGUAGUGCUGACUACGUUUUUCCGACCAAUUUCUCACGCGUCUACGGUUACAUCUAUCCUUAUCUCAACUCCACUUCGCUGUCCAACUCGUCCGGCGAUCCGCUGUACGGAAUUGAUUACAAGUGGCCCGAAGGCUCCUACGACAGCAGUGCACAGCCAUACGUGCCAGCCGGCGGCGCUCCUGGCGGUAAUGAAGGGCUCUGGGAGACCCUCUUCGUCGUAUCAGCCACAGUGACCAACAAUGGAACAUGCGCUGGUGAUGAAGUACCGCAGCUCUAUGUCAAUCUGGGUGGGCCCAACGACGCCAAGGUCAUCUUGCGCAAUUUCGACCGCCUGACCAUUGAGGCUGGCGCCAGCAAGACGUUCGUCGCCAACAUCACCAGAAGAGAUCUCAGCAACUGGGAUACUGUGAGCCAGGAUUGGGUCAUCUCGAACUACACCAAGACUGUAUAUGUCGGUAGCUCGAGUCGCAACCUGCCGCUGAGCCAGAAGCUGGAUAUGAGUGGCAGCGGCUCAGGCGGAUGGUACUAAACCCACAGCAUUGCCUCGAUAUACAUAUGAUAUCGCUGCAGUAGGUACACACGCUACAAAACAGUCUAUCAAGCUGCAGAUAUUUCACUG